AUGACACACUGGACAUUCUUCAAAUCAAGCGAACAACUAUGUAAAACGGGCACAAAUGAAUGUCGUCCAGCCUAUAGUGGUCAACCAGGUGAAACUGAUCAAACUAAAAAGAACAAAGGUCCUAUACCAGAUGGAGAUUAUACAUUUGAAGGACCCAAGGGCAAAAUGAAAUUUCCUCUGAUACCAGAUAAAUCGAAUAAUAUGCACGGACGUGACGCCUUUCAAAUUCAUGGAGACAAUGGAAGAGGUGAUAAAUCGGCUAGUAAAGGAUGCAUCGUUACAAAUAAAAGAGAUGAUUUUAAACAGGGCGAUCGGCUUCAUGUUACAAGCCGUGAUGACAAAGAUGGCACAUGUAUACUUAGUUGA